AUGCUUGUAAAAAGUAUACAUUUCUAUGUUUUAUUGAUCGCUGUUUAUUCAUUUCCACAAUUAAUUUUGUACAAUACUGAUCAACAAAUGAACACGAUUAUACAACUUCACCAUGAUUGCCUUUAUUAUGAAGUUGAUGAUAAAAUCGUUAAUUAUGGGAUUCAGAUGAAAUUAAUUUUUCAAAUUAUUCCCUAUUGUAUUCGACCAUUAGAUAAUGAAACAAAUAUAAAUAUUAUUAAUGAUACUAAUGAAUUUCAC